AUGAGCUUUCCCAAUUUAAUUCCUAAAAGUUGGGGAGAAUAUCCUCCAGAAUUUAAUAAAGCCGUUCAUGGAUAUUACGAUCCAUCCAGAUAUUAUGGGAAGCCUGAUACCCCUUUUACCGAAGUUAAAUUAAAGGAUUUGUCUUCAUGGUUUUCAAGACGACAAAAAACUCCAAGAGCUUGUUUGAACGCACUUAAUAGAGCUUAUUGGAGAUUUAACUGGCAUUGGCUUUUACCAAAAAAACCAGGCUAUGCUGGAUUUCUUCAAAUGUAUUUUGGAUUUUUCCUUGUAAACUACUUGUUCAGUUACAAAGCCUUGCAAAAACAUCAACGUUACAGAUACCAUUAA